AUGGCGAGAAUCAAGGUUCAUGAGCUGAGGGAUAAGUGGAAAUCUGAUCUUUCUACUCAGUUGAAUGAUCUGAAGGCGGAGCUUGCUCUCCUCCGCGUCGCUAAGGUCACUGGUGGUGCUCCUAACAAGCUCUCUAAGAUCAAAGUUGUGAGGAAGUCGAUUGCACAGGUUUUAACUGUGGUUUCACAGAAGCAAAAGUCUGCUCUUAGAGAAGCAUACAAAAACAAGAAGUUGUUGCCAUUCGAUCUCCGUCCCAAGAAGACUAGAGCCAUCAGAAGGAGACUAACAAAGCACCAGGCGUCUCUGAAGACAGAAAGAGAAGAGAAGAAAGAAAUGUACUUUCCUAUUAGAAAGUAUGCCAUCAAGGUUUAG